AAAAAAAAAGCGGGUUAGGGUUUUGGAGCGUAGUUUAGUUUACUCUAUUUUGUUCUCUUCAUCUUAUUCGUUCCUUCACUGCUUCAUUUUUCCCCCAAAAUGGUGAACCCAAGGGUCUACUUAGACAUCAGCAUCGGAGGUGAGUUAGAGGGUAGAAUCGUCAUCGAACUCUUCCACGACGUUGUUCCAAAAACUGCCGAAAAUUUCAGAGCUCUCUGCACCGGUGAAAAGGGAAUCGGUCCUAACACCGGCGUUCCCCUUCAUUUCAAGGGUUCAUGUUUUCAUCGCGUAAUCAAAGGGUUUAUGAUUCAAGGUGGUGACAUUUCCGCCGGUGAUGGAACCGGAGGUGAAUCAAUCUACGGUUUGAACUUCGAGGACGAGAGUUUGGAGUUAAAACACGAAAGGAAAGGGAUUUUAUCGAUGGCAAAUUCCGGUCCUAACACUAAUGGCUCUCAGUUUUUUAUUACUACUACUCGUACUCCUCAUUUGGAUGGAAAGCAUGUGAUAUUUGGGAAGGUUGUUAAAGGAAUUGGUGUUGUUCGUUCUGUGGAACUUGGCGUUGUUGGAGAGAAUGAUCGUCCGGUUCAAGAUGUUGUUAUUGUUGACUGUGGGGAGAUUCCGGAAGGAGCGGAUGAUGGUGUUAUUAACUUUUUUAAAGACGGUGAUACUUUUGCUGAUUGGCCUGUUGAUCUCGAGACGAAAACCGAGGAUAUUCAGUGGUGGAUGAGUGCUGUGGAUUCUAUCAAAAGUUUUGGGAAUGAACAUUAUAAGAAGCAAGAUUAUAAGAUGGCUAUCAGAAAGUACCGCAAGGCUUUGCGUUAUUUAGACAUUUGUUGGGAGAAGGAUGGCAUUGACCAAGAGACAAGCGCUGCUUUAAGGAAGACAAAAUCUCAAAUAUUUAUGAACAGUUCGGCCUGUAAAUUAAAAUUAGGUGACAUCAAUGGAGCUUUAAUGGAUUCAGACUUUGCAAUGCAUGAUGGAGACAAUGCAAAAGCUCUGUUUCGCAAAGGCCAGGCAUAUAUGAUUCUCAACGACCUAGAUGCUGCUGCGGAAAGCUUCGAGAAAGCAUUAGAGUUGGAGCCAAAUGAUGGAGGGAUAAAAAAGGAGUACGCAAUUGUCCGGAAGAAGGUUGCUGAUAGACAUGAUAAAGAGAAGAAAGCUUAUUCUAAGAUGUUCAAAUAGAGUUCACGCAGUUACGGUGUUUGUUGCUCUAUGGUCUGAAAGAUCAGAUUUUUGUGUAGGAGCAUGUCUGAUUACAGAGUCAACAAUUUAUGAUUUUGCGGUAGUGAUAGUCUGAAAAUAUCAGAUAUAGUGUAUGUUUUUGAAUUUAUGCUUUCUAGAUUGUGAAGUUGUGAUAGAGAUGUUCUUAUUUCUUAUCACCAGUCCUUUUACUUGUGUCAAACUCUUUGAGCAUCAACUGGUGAUUUUCUACAAGAGAUAGGCACAUUGAGACACAAGAUAGAAUGAGAAUUGCAAUCUUUUUUGUCCAGAUGUUCUUUGUGCAUUCUUCAAUGGUAUUUGGUCCAAUCACACUUUUUCUUGCAGCAAGUUUAUAUUAGGUCUGUACAAGUCAGUAAAACUAAAACAAAUUUCUAUUGAUUUGGAUUUAAGUCUUAUCAAAA